CCGGAGAAAGGGAAAAACGGCAACGGAGGCAACAAGAGCUCGGCGACGGCGGCGCGGAGACGUAAAACCCAAAAGUUCCAAUACGGGAAUUACUGUAAAUAUUACGGCUACCGCAACCCGGAUUGCGAGGACGGGAGGUUGAAGGCGAUGAAAGCCGAGUGGUUCGCCGGCAAGGAGGUGUUGGAUGUGGGGUGCAAUGUGGGCCACGUGACGCUGAGCAUCGCCAAACGCUGGGGGCCCAGCAGGGUGGUGGGGUUGGACAUUGACGGAGCCUUGAUCCGCUCGGCGCGGCAGAACAUCCGGCAUUAUUUGUCCGAGGAAAUGGACGGUGGAGGGCGGGGGAGGAAGGGGUUCCCGGCGGCGCUGCUGGCCAGCAGGGGGCCCAUCGCUGCGCCCAGGCUGCCCCCCGACGGGCCCGGAGCCGCCGAUUUCCCACAUAACGUCGUCUUCGUGACGGUG